AUGCAGAUUGUCAACGUCAGUUCCAGCCCAAAUUUCUGGGAAGCCAUCAACACGUACGCCGUAUCCUUCGUGGCGUUGCAUUUCUUCACCGCCGGCGUUGCUCUUUCCAUCAUAAUGAGCCUCGACCCCUUGAGCCUGGAGUCGUACGAGUCCAAGAUGGGGAUCCGGCGGCUGAUCGGGGUACAUUCCCAGCUCAGGUCGAAAUCCAUCGUUGCCGAGCAGAGCCUGGAAAUCUUGAAGAAGCUCAUGAAGAUCAUCAUGGCGAAAGAGACCGACAUGAUGCUUCAUGUCGACGAGUCUCCGGAGUCCACAGGCGAGGCCACCCAGCAACGGAUGGAGCGCGAGCAGGGUCCAAGAAGUCCGGUUCAACGAGUGACCCACGACACCAUCGUCGCCUCGGACACGACUCUGGAUGCCAGAGACGGCAUGGAUCGCACAACACAGGAUCUCUCCCCUUUGCGGGAUGCUACUACGGCGCAUUUAGACUUCUGCGAGGAUCCUAUGAUAACCCAAGCGCUGACCGAGUUUGAACAGAGCAAGUAG